GAAGUCGGAGAUUUCACGGGAUUUUUGCUCGUAUUGUAGUUUCUUGUAGAUGUCAACAUUGUUUGAAUGACUAUUUGGCUAUUGUGUUAAGAUGAAUCGCUUUCGGACUUCCAAGUACCGGAAUGCUGCUCCAAAGAUUCCCAAAAAGGAGGUAGGUUUCAAAGUGUUGCUCGAGUUUUCCUUCGCACUAGAUUUUGUGACUGACCUGGAUUUCUCGCCAUUUGAUGGGAGACUUCUUUCAACCUGUUCAUAUGACUGUGCGAUAAAAUUGUGGCAAAUUCCAGAGGAAGGAAUAAAGGAGCUGGUGUCAUCACCACUUUGUGUUCUACCACAACUACCUGGCCGUGUUGAAAAUGUCCUGUUCCAUCCUUCAGCAAGUGAGGUGCUGGGUAGUUCUUGUGGGAGAUCUGUAUCCAUAUGGGACCUACGGAAGCAACAACAAAAAUACAGUUUAGAAUGCCACCAAGAUUUGGUUCACAGUCUUUGCUGGAAAGGAGAUGGUUCUUUACUAGUCACAUCUAGUAAGGACAAAAAGAUCCGCAUCUUAGACCCUCGUAGUUCUUCUGUAGUUGUGGAAUGUGAUGGCUUUGAUGGAAUGAAAGAAUCCAGAGUAUUGUGGCUUGGAAACACAGACAAGAUUCUUGGUGUUGGUUUUAGUAAGUCACGUGCACGUGAAGUCAUUGUCUGGGAUGUGAAAGACAUGAGCAAGCCAGUACAGAGGCUAAGCCUUGACACAUCAUCUGGAAUACUGAUGCCAUUUUUUGAUCCAGACACCAACAUGUUGUUUUUAGCUGGGAAGGGCGAUUCAGUUAUUCAGUUUUUGGAAAUAUCUGACACUGCUGCAUCUUUUGUUACUCAAGUGUCGUCACAGGUUAUGGAAGAACAACACAAAGGGAUGUGCAGUGUUCCUAAACUUGCCCUGAAUGUUAUGGCAUGUGAAGUGGUGCGGCUUCUUCAAUUGACAAAAUCAUCUGUGGUGCCACUCAGUUACUGCGUACCUAGAAAGUCUCACAGAGAGUUUCAUGAAGACUUGUUCCCUGAUACUGUGGCAAGAGAAGCAUCCAUGACAGCUGAUGAGUGGUUCAGUGGAUCUAAUAAUCCUAUGAAGAAGGUUUCUCUUAAUCCAUCAAAGCAACAGGCACAACAAAAAACAGCACUUGAGAAACCACAAAAACCUACACUGAAGCCAAAACCUGCCAUAGAAGCUGAGAAAGCCAGUGCAUCACCAGAAAAGUCAGCAGCAGAGCCCAAAGAAAUGUCAACAGAUAUGACCUCCAAAGUAGUGGCACAGUCAACUCCAGCCAGUAAACCUGCAGCAGAAUCUCCUGUAAGACCAAGAAAGGCAUUCACUGGUGUGCGUUCGUCCAAGUUCAGACACCUCCAUGGCACUCCCAUGCACAAAAGCAAUAAUAUAGAGAAUGUACGAAACUUGAGCAUAUCUAUGCCGGGAGACUGUGAUGGAUUUCAAGUUAAUCAGGAGUUUGCUGCAUUCCCUUUAUCAGGACCUGGUGGGCAGAUAGCUGUAAUUCCUCUCAAUAAGCCUUGCCGACUGCCAGAUUCAGGGCUGCCUGUCAUUCAGUGUGGUAGUGGUGUCAUGGAUUAUGCAAUGGACCCUUUUAAUAAACAGCAACUGGCAACUGCCUGUGAGAGUGGUUUUAUCUAUAUAUGGGAAGUUCCUGAUGGUGGAUUAACAGACGUUAUCAAUAGUCCUUCUGUGGUUUUAAAAGGUCAUUAUGACAAACCAAACAUAGUCAAGUACCAUCCCACAGCAAGUGGUGUGCUGGCAUCCUCAGCGUUGGAUUUAACAGUUAAAAUAUGGGAUGUCAACAAAGCCAAGGCCUUAAUCACUUUAAAUGGACACAAUGAGCAGGUGUUCAGCUUGAAUUGGAAAGCUGAUGGAACAAAGCUGGCCACUGUGUCAAGAGACAACAAAGUCAGAAUAUUUGACCCAAGAUCACAAGUGUCUCCUCUAGAAACAGGCCCAGGCCCUGAAGGGAGUCGUGGUGCUCGUGUUGUGUGGGGUGGGCCGAGUGGGGACUGGUUAGUGGUUACAGGAUUUGGCAGAUCAAGUAACAGAACCAUCAGUGUGUAUGAUCAUCGUAAUCUGUCUGAAGUUUUGUCAACUGUGGAAAUCAAUGUGGCUCCAGCUACAUUGAUUCCUUUCUAUGAUGAAGACUCUUCUGUCAUCUUUCUCUCUGCUAAGGGUGAGACUACAAUUUUUGCCUAUGAAAUCAGUGACGAACCACCUCAUAUCUUUGAAUUGUCAAACUACAGGACAAAAGAACCUUAUCAGGCAGUGGCCUUCAUGCCAAAGACAGUAUGUAACAUAAAGGAAGUGGAGUUUGCUAGAGCUGUCAAACUGAACAAAACAUCUAUAGACUUGAUCAUGUUUCAGGUCCCUCGAGUGAAGACUGAGUAUUUUCAAGAUGACCUUUUCCCAGACACUAGAGUAUGGUGGGAGCCUGCAUUGACUAGUGAUCAGUGGUUUGCUGGUGAAAAUGGAACACAAAGAAACAUGUCACUUAGACCAGAUGGCAUGAAACCAUUGAGUGAAGUACCUAAGGAAGCUCCCAUUGCUAGGAAGUAUGACAGUCGACACGAGCUGGAGGAAGUUAAAUCUACUGAACAGAUGAAAGAGGAAUUAGUAAGCUCCAUGGUUGAGAAAUUACGGAAUUACGAUGAUGACCCUCUGCCCCAGGAUCUACAAGAAGGAGUGGAUGAUGACGAAUGGGAUGACUAAUGCACCAGGUCUUAUUAUUUACCAGCUUGGACAUGACACCAUUACAACAAUAAUUACAUUGUCUUCAAUUUUAAAUUUUCAUAAAAUUACGUGUAUAUAGUAGAUUUACGGAAACUUGCAACUCCAUCACAGAUUCAUUAAAUUUUAAGUAGAAAAUACUUAUUGAAAUGUCAAGGAGGUAUUGAGAAUAAACGGUUUGUAAUUUUAUCAUUAUUUUGGUUAUCAUUUUAAUGACCAUAAGUAUAAGGGUACGUGGCAAAUGGUUCCUAGAAAAUUGUGGGUCUUGGAAACUUUGGUCUUAUCAUGAAAUCUUAAACUCCUUGUUGAUGAGAUCAUAAGUCUAUUAUUUACAUGUUUCUCCCUGCCUCUGGCUAAUUCUCAGUUUGGGAUUUUCAAACAUGGAUCUUCAUUCCUGGUGUCCUUGUGAGUCUUGUAUUUUACCAUUUGUCACACCUUAAAUUUGAGAGAUUUUUACUUCGUCUUGUAGGUAAUAAGAUUUACAUUGUAUGAAUGAACUCAGUAGUUGAAAAAAUAAAUCAGCUUCAUUCAUUUAAGUGUCAGUUUAUGUAGCACUUCAUUGCCAAUGCAGAAAUUAUCACAGAUUUUGAAUUGAAUGUGAAUUAAAUUGAAUUGUCUGGUUUUUAUAGGUAAGGAAAUUAGGAAACUUACCAAAAACUCCUAACUCGACUGUAUUGCUGGCAGUUUUACCCAUGGUUGAUAGCAAAAUUACAUAGGGAUGAGGCAAAGGUUUUGUCAUCUUGUUACAGAACUGUCAGCUAGGCUAACCGACUUUGGUGUAACUCUUUACUUUGUUCAAUUUGUGGAUUACAAAAUUUAAUCUAGAUCAUCUGAGCCAUUAUUUUUGGACAUUUCAAUGAAAUUAUAAUCCAGACUUUUUGCUUUGGUCCCUGGAUUUGGAUUUGUGAUUAUGGAGUCUUGAAUGCAAAUUGACUGACCGUCUGCAGUGAGUAGGAAUUACAGAGUACAAUUAUAUAUUUUAAUAGAGAACUUACUAUCAUUCCCAAGGCUAAUUGCAUCACUGUAUUUAUUCAAAAAAACACCAGAGCCUAUGUACCUUUUUCGGCAUUUCUAAAGGCAGCAAAAAUAACUUGACAGAAACUACUUGUCACAGAAUGUGUUGGAAGAAAUUGUCUCUAAUUGCUAUUAAAAUUUCUGAAAAUAUCA